ACAAAAUUUAGUUGCCUUCCUUUAUUUUUAUUUUUCACUUACUCAUUCGUUAAUUCAUCAUGGAUUCCUUCUCAUCUUACCCACAACCUGCCGAAGCCCAGAAACCGUUUCCAGGACACCAGACCCAGUUCCAGGAUGUACCUUCACACCCUUUCUUUGACGUUGUUCAGGAACAAAGUCAGCAAAUGGUCUCCAAGGCAGGAGACCCUCAAGUUGAUUUUGACCUCCAGCCUGGUACACCAGUUCCUGCUCCAACCACAACUGCUCCUCUUUCAGGAUUUUACUCUAGCUCUGGAUUUGAUAUGAUCGGUAUUCUGUCUCGUCUAGUCAACCGUCCAAACCCACAAAUUAAUGUUGGUCCUAUCGACAUGUCUUGCUCUUUUCUGGUCACAGAUGCCCGUCAGUACGACCAUCCUAUUGUCUAUUGCUCCCCCACAUUCGAACAUUUGACUGGCUACAAGGGCUCUGAAAUUCUUGGCCGCAACUGCCGGUUCCUUCAAGCACCAGAUGGUCGAGUGACAAGUGGUUCCCGCAGACAGCACACAGACAAUCAGGCCGUAUACCAUCUCAAAGCCCAGAUGCUUCAAAGUAAUGAACAUCAAGCCAGUAUUAUCAAUUAUCGCAAGGGUGGACAGGCAUUUGUCAAUUUGAUUACAGUUAUUCCAAUCUGCAAUGAAUUUAAUGAGGUCGCGUUCUUUGUUGGUCUCCAAGUUGACUUGGUAGAGCAACCCAAUGCUAUUCUUGAGAAGAUGAAAGAUGGUACCUACCUUGUCAAUUAUCAACAGAUGAACAUGGUUCCAUAUAUUCCUGGUGCAAAUACUGCAUCUGAACCUGUUGAUGACUAUUUCCGAGAGAUUCCUGCCGUUGCGUCGCCUGCAUCUGAAGGUCUGAACAACCAAGAGAUCUUGGACCUUGUUCAAUGCUCUGGAGAGAAUGAACAGCAGCUGCAACAAGAGUGGAACAAGUUAUUGCUGGAACACUCUGAGGAUUUCAUUCACGUCUUGUCUCUCAAGGGCUUUUUCCUCUACUGCUCUCGCUCAUCAUCCGAUCUUCUCGAGCACGACCCCGAAGAACUAGUUGGACACUCGCUUAGUUCUAUUUGCCACCCUUCUGAUAUUGUGCCAGUGAUGCGUGAGAUCAAGGAGGCUGCGGGUAACAGCGACAAGGUUGUGAACCUGAUCUACCGUGUCCGCCGCAAGUACUCUGGAUACAUGUGGAUGGAGUGCCAGGGAAAGCUUCAUGUGGACCAGAGCAAGGGUCGCAAAUGUCUUAUUCUGGCCGGUCGUGAGCGUCCUAUGUACAGCCUUCCUCGCAAGGAACUGAUGCAGUACGGUGGAGCUGGUGUGGGGUCUGAGUUCUGGGUCAAGGCCAGUCUGAGCGGUCUCUACCUCCAUGUGUCAGGCACCAGUGAAGAUGUGGUCGGCUACUCGUCGGAUUUCCUUGUCGGCGCAUCAAUCUUCCGUUACGUUCUUGACAAAGAGGUUCACGAAAUCACACGUGCGUUGGCUUCUGUCAAGAAAGGCGAGAUUUGUAACCUCGAGCAUACGAUGCAGAACAACAAGGGACAGUACGUGUCUGUGGUCUCUACUUUCUACCCUGGAGACGGCUCUUCUGGAAACAAAGCUCCUGAAUUUGCCCUGAUUCAGAUUCGAGCCAAAGAUGCGGCGGUUCUUGCGGCUAUCAAGUCUGCUGCAGAUGAUGUGGCCAUGUCAGACAUGACAGAAGAAGAAGUGGCCGAGAAUAUGUUCUCUGAACUCGAAACUGUCCGUGGUACCAGUUGGCAGUACGAACUCCAUCAACUUGAGGUGGCCAAUCAGAAAUUGCGUGAACAACUUGAGAAUUUGUCGAACCCGAAGCGCAGAAAGCAAAAGAAGAAGAAGGCCUCUUCUGCACCAGAUGUUCAAAAGAUGUGCGCUCAGUGCCAGUCCAAGGAUUCUCCAGAAUGGCGCAAGGGGCCCAAUGGACCAAAAGAACUCUGCAAUGCAUGUGGACUGCGCUACGCAAAGUCAAUUUCUGCAAAAACCACUGCAAUGGAAACAUAAUGCAAGGCUAAAAAAAGAUAAUAAUAACUAAUGCUAAUGCUAAUGCUAAUAAUAAUAAUAAUUACACCAACAAAAAACAAAGGAGAGAGAUACGAAAAAAAAAGAUAGAGUUGCAUAUUCACUGACAAUAAGUAACAUGCACAAACCACUCUACAAUCAACGAAACCUUUUAUUCUCUAUAUAUUCAACGCACAUCUUCUUGGAUCUUUACAUCUUUAUCUUUAUUGCUGUUGUUGUUGUUAUUAUUAUUAUAGUUCUUAUUAUUUGCUCAUAUCGCAAAAUAUAUAUUCCUUAUUCUACCUCUACCUCUCUCUAUCUUUAUAUCUAUAUUUUGCUCACACUCACUCCACUCGCUCAUACAUACAUACAUACAUACAUACAUACAUACAUACAUACAUACAUACAUACAAUCAAAU